AUGACAGGUAAAGUAAAUAGACAUUCAAUGGAAGUAAAGCAGCUCGAAGAAGAAAGAAUUGUACGAGUUCGUGCAAUGAAGCGAACAGAAACUGGUGAUACCAUCAAGGCCUUUAUUGAAAAACAAAAGGUCUUCGAAAACCACCAAACGAAGAAGAUGGACGAUGCGGUUGCCUCACGCCAGAGGUAUCUUCGUGAAAUACGAGAUAAAUUAAAAGAGAAAAGGCAACCUGAAAAACAAGUCCGUCAAAGAAAAGAAAUAAGCCUUGAUGACAUGGAUCCUCCUCCAAAAGAAGAACAAAGUUUUAAUUUUCAUCGAGGCUGA